CGGGCGACCCGCGCUGCGCCUUUAUAACGCAACCGAAGAGAGGAUCGCGCACGGUUCGUCUUUCGGCGUGUCUUUGCAACCCAACAGUCAGCGCAUCGCUACUCACAGAGACGCCGGGUCGACUGCCAUCGGGGCUGGCUGUAUGCUGCAGGUGACUGCCGCACCCAACCCUUCCCUCCCACUGAGAGGUCGCUGCCCGUAGCGCCUGACACCCCGCCGAAGCUCCCAGACACAACUGAGCCACCUGCGACCACGGGCCCUCAUUGGUCGACUGGCUUCAAGGUCUUUCAGGCCCGGGGCGUUUGCGCGUGUGCCUGUGUGUGCGUGUGCGUGCGCGUGUGUGUGUGCGUGCGUGCGUGUGUGUGUGUGUGUGUGUGUGUGUGUGUGUGUGUGUGUGUGUGUGUGUUUGUGAAGUCCAUCAGGCGGUCACCUGGUGCGAGGCAGUGUGAGGCGAGAUGAAGACUGUCAAUGUGGUGUCCAUGGUGCGGCUGCUGCUGAUAAUAGCCCUGGUCCCGGGCUCCCACACAGAGUGCCCGGAUAAGGAGUCGGGUCUGCAGGCCUGGAACCCAGGGCACAGUGAGGACCACCACGUUACCAUCGGUUACGGCCGCAGCGUUCUCCUCAUGGACUCUGCAACGGUCCACUCCAUCGAGAUCCUGGACGGAGGGAAACUGGUUAUUGCCGACACCAGCAGGCCUAUAUUGCUGCGCACCAAACACAUCCUCAUUGGGAACAAGGGAGCGAUGCACGUGGGGAGCCCAGAAUGCCCUUACACGGGCAACUUCACCAUCUCACUGUUCGGAAGGUCUGACGACAAAGACGACGCAGAGCACAACUACUUUGGCCGCAAGUACGUGGGCGUGGGCACGGGGGGCACGCUGGAGAUCCACGGCCAGAAGAAGCUCUCCUGGACCUUCCUCAACAAGACCCUGGUCCCGGGGGAGAGCAACCAGAACAGCUACCUGUUCCAGAGGGGCUGGGGAAACCGCGGCAUCAUCAUCCACGUCAUCGACCCCAAGACCGGGGAGGUGCUCCGCAACGACCGGUUCGACACGUACCGCAGUAAGGACGAGAGCCGGCGUCUGGCCCAGUACGUGGAGGCGGUCGAGCCAGGCCUGCUCCUGGCUAUGGUGGUCAACGACGAGGGCUCCAACAACCUGGAAGACAUGGCCAAGAAGAGCCUCAGCAAGCUGGGCAGCCAGCACGCCCCACGCCUGGGCUUUCGGCAUCCUUGGAGUUUUAUUGUGGUGAAAGGUGAUGUGUCCUCCGCCCUCGAAGACCACGCAGUCUACCAAGGAACAAAGGCUUCUUCUGAGGCAAGGAGCUCCUGUGUGCUUCAGUCUAUGUAUGGAGAACAUUUCAGUGUCACCAUCAGCAGCCAGUGGGUUCAAGAGGCAGAGUGGACAGAGUGGUUUGACAGGGAUGACGAGCGAGGGUCCGGAGACUGGGAGAAGCUGUCCGAACUUCACAAGACCUUUCCUGACCGUCUGUGUAGCAGCCCUCUGGACAUCCAGGCGGAGACUCACGACGGUGUGCCGUCCAAUCAGACGGGAGACGUGCUCCACAGGGUGGACAAGGAGUACGGCCUGGUGUGCCUGAACAAGGACCAGACGCACGGCCUCUGUCACAACUACCGCGUGCGCUUCCUCUGUGGAAAGCUGGUGCGGCCCCAGGCGUCCGUGUCCAUUGACCUGCUGUCGGACAGCAGCCUCCUGGAGCUGGCGGAGCGUCCCGUGGGCUGGGGCCCCGGGGACCGCCUGGUGGUGGCCAGCACGGACUACUCCAUGCACCAGGCCGAGGAGUUCAGCCUGCUGCCCUGCCCCAAAUGCUCCCCGGAGCAGGUCAAAGUCAGAGGUAAGGCCCAGUUCCUCCACAUGGGAGAGGAGGUGGACGGCGUGGACAUGAGGGCCGAGGUGGGCCUGCUGACCAGGAACGUCCUGAUCCGCGGAGAGAUGGAGCCCGGUUGCUACGGAAACGAGGCUUGCAAGUUCUUUGACUUCGACACCUUCGGGGGACACCUGAAGGUGGAGCGGGGCUUCAGGGCCGUGCACGUGUCCGGCGUGGAGCUGCAGCACAUGGGCCAGCAGUCCAUGGGCCACUACCCCGUGCACUUCCACAUGAACGGCGACGUGGACGAGCGCGGCGGCUACGACCCGCCCACCUCCGUCAGCGACCUGUCCAUCCACCACUCCUUCUCCCGCUGCGUCACCAUCCACGGCUCCAACGGACUGAUGGUGAAGGACGUGGUCGGCUAUGACACCCUGGGCCACUGCUUCUUCACGGAGGACGGGCCGGAGGAGAGGAACACCUUCGACCACUGCCUGGGCCUGAUGGUCCGGGCCGGCACCCUGCUGCCCUCCGACCGGGACAGCACCAUGUGCCGCAGCAUCACCUCCGGGGCGUUCCCCGGCUACGUGGCCAACCCCCGGCAAGACUGCAGUGCAACUUCAACUUUCUGGAUCGCCAACCCCAAUAACAACCUCAUCAACUGUGCUGCUGCAGGCUCAGAGGAAACUGGAUUCUGGUACCUUUUCCACCACGUUCCCACGGGGCCGUCUGAGGGCAUGUACUUCCCAGGACGCACGGAGCACACGCCUAUGGGCCAGUUCACCAACAACCGGGCCCACUCCAACUACCGGGCCGGGAUGAUAUUGGAUAAUGGCGUGAAGACCACGAAGGCGAACGACAAGGACAAGAGGCCCUAUCUCUCUCUGGUGGGAGCCAGGUACGGCCCCCACGAGGACGCCGACCCCUUCAAGCCCAGAGUGCCCGCUCUCAUCCACCACUUUGUGGCCUACAAGAACCAGGACCACGGGGCCUGGCUGCGGGGAGGGGACGUGUGGCUGGAUGAGUGCCAGUUCGCUGAUAAUGGCAUUGGUCUCACCCUUGCCAGCGGGGGAACAUUCCCAGACGACGACGGAUCCCGGCAGGAAGUGAAGAACACGCUGUUUGUCGGGGAGAGCGACAACCACGGCACGGCCCAGCCGGACAACCGCGUCUGGGGCACCGGAGGGGCGGACCUGAGCGGCCGGACCAUGCCCCGUGGACUCAAUUUCCCCAUCCGAGGCAUGCAGAUCUACGACGGCCCCAUUAAAGUCCAGAACUGCACGUUCCGGAAGUACGUCGCGCUGGAGGGACGACACACCAGCGCCUUCGGCUUCAGACUCAACAACUCGUGGCAGAGCUGCCCCAACAACAACGUCACCGACAUCACCUUCGACAACGUGCCCAUCACAUCACGGGUGUUUUUCGGCGAGCCCGGCCCCUGGUUCAGCAAAAUGCAGAUGGACGGCGACAAGACGACCAUCUUCCACGACGUGGACGGCUCGGUCAGCGAGUACCCCGGGGCCUUCCUGGUGAAGGACGACAACUGGCUGCUGCGGCACCCCGACUGCAUCGACGUGCCCGACUGGAGGGCGGCCAUCUGCAGCGGCCACUACGCCCAGAUCUACAUCCAGACCCGCAACCCGGCCAACCUCAACAUGCUCAUGGUGAAGAACGAGUACCCCGACCGGCCGCUGGCGCUGGAGGGCGCGCUGGGCAAGAGGAAGCACUACCAGCAGUUCCAGCCAGUGAUCACCCUGGCCAAAGGCUACACGGUCCACUGGGACCAGCCCGCGCCCGCGGAGGUCACCGUCUGGCUCAUCAACUUCAACAGGAAUGACUGGAUCAACGUAGGCUUCUGCUACCCACAAGGCACCACGUUCACCGUCCUCGCCGACAUCCACAACCGCCUGUCCAAGGAGACACGCAAGACCGGCGUGUUCCUGAGGACCAUGCAGCGGGACAAGGUCAACCACUCCCACCUGUCCAGAGGCUACUACUACCUGGAGCCGGACACCGGCCUGUUGUUCAUCAAGGUGAAGGCCCACAACGACCGCGAGAGCUUCGCCUUCUGCUCCGUCAAGGGCUGUGAGAGGGUCAAGAUCACGGCCGUCAUCCCCAAGGGCAGCCCCCCCAGUAACUGCAUGGCGCGGGCAUACCCCCGGCACGCAGAGCAGCCCAUCGUGGACGUGCCCAUGCCCAGGAAGCUGCCCAACGCCAGGCUGCACUCACCAGAGCACUUCCUGGAGAUCAAAAUGGAGUCCUACAACACUCGCUUCUUCCACCUGAAAGAAGACUUUGCCUACACUGAGGUGAAUGGCAGAAAGCUAUACCAACCAGAGGACGGGGUGAUGCUGACCAUAGUGGACGGCCACGACGGCAAACUGGUGGAGACUAAGAGCUUCAGGAACACCAUACUGCAGGGAAUCCCCACACAGCUGGACUCCUACAUCUCCGGGCUGGCCGAUGGUUCCGUCGUCAUUGUGACAUCUAAGGGUCGGCUGGUGACCAGAGGAGCCUGGACCAAAGCCUUGGAGAGACUUGGUGUGGACAAAAGUUUGAAACUGAAAGAUAAGUUGGUGCUGGUGGGCUUCAAGGGCCCGUUCCGACCUGAAUGGGUGCAUGUGGAGGUGGGUGAGGACAGGGUGAAGAUCCACCAGGUGUUGCCCAUCCCCGUGGUGCAGAAGACCAAGCUAUGAGAACCCUGGCACGUCUGGUCCCGGGGAGGGGAGUAAUCGGCUAUAGACUAUAUCGCUAAUAUUCACACAGAAGCACGCACACUUACACAAGAGACAUGGCAACAUGAACAUGCACACUUACAUAGUAGACAAAACAAGGCUGCAAAGCGGCAUCAAAAUCACUAAAGACCCUAAUACUGCCGUCACCGCGCGAUCAAGGGUCAUGGACUUUGGGGGAGGAUUUCAAUAGAGAACCAAGCACUGCCCAAUACGAACCGCGACUUUGCCACUCUCUCCCCCCAAAUCCCCACUAGCCCACCUCCAUCGACCACACACGGGGAGAGGAAUCAAACUAGGCUCGGGGAAACCAGGGCAGACGCAUGCAUAUUACCUGUUAAAUGACAAACAUCCGCUUCUUGUGCUGAGUUUAUUUUAUUUUUUUAUUUUCCUGUGUCAUGUAAAGAAGAAGACAAAAAAAAAAUUCGCCGUCAAGUGGUUUUUUCAGCUGUACUUUGAUAGUGGACUUGUUAAAAAAAGAAUUUUUAAAAGUGUGUGAAAACAAAGGUCCAACAAUAGUUAUACCCAGAACCAUUCCUUGUUUUGCAUCCCCCAUUCAACCCCCUCUUAACAACCCCCCCCCCCCCCCCCGCCCAGCCCGGCCCAGCCCUAUCUGACCCCUCCCUGGUGCUCUGAACACUGGAUUGAUGUUGUUGUGAUGCUAUCCUCUCGUGCUCGCAUCAUGUCAGUGUUUGUGGGGUUCACCUUGAAAAUUGUUAAAAAAUACAAAAGGGAUGACAAAGAUGGGCAAAACUCCGCUGAUUGGGCAUCUGGCGAACGUAUACAUGUGCAAUUCUCCUCCGAGUUCAAAAGCAAGGGAAGAGUUUGUUCAAAUCCGGCAUGGACGUCCAAAAAAUAAUGGAUGCUUUUCCCUUGGCCGAAAUAGCUGGUCUUUUUUCGGAGGCUGUAGCAGUUAGUGUUUUGUAUGUUAAAUGUGUUUUUAAGAUUCCACAGAUUGAUAACAGAGAUAUAUUUUAUACUUAUUUAUUGUACAGACACCACGGAUAACAAAUGUAGAAGGGGCAUCUUUUAAGUUGUAAUGUAUUCUUGUCCUAUAUUGUAUGUAAUAAAGAACUGAUAUAGCUCUACCUAACUGCAUUCAAGCCAGCAUAUGGUACCAUUGGUAUUGUCCAUGACCUGUUUAACCUGUUCCAAAUGGAUGUGUUGUAUAUGUGACUUUGGCUUGUACAGUGAUGAAUCCAAACGACUUUAAAUCUUGAAAGACAAAAAAAGCGCCUUUUGUACAGAAAUAAAAGAUGGUAAAUCAAUCAAA